AUGAACGAGAGGUCCACUCGAGCACACACCGUGUUUGUCCUGUCCCUGUCGGUGCAGAGACGACGGCGACAGUCCUGCGAAGGUGACCUGCAGCUGCCUGCUCGGAGGAGUCGUUUCUACUUUGCUGACCUUGGUGGAUCCGAGCAGCUGGCAAAGAGCAAGGUGGAAUCGGCUAAGGCGCCUGUGACGGUGGUCGGCGGUGAGGAGCAGAGCCGCAUCUCCUGGCAAGAGUUCUAUCUCCAUCGUCAGAGGCUCCAGGAAACAAUGAACAUCAACAAGGGCCUCUUCUCCCUCAAGAGAGUCAUCGAGGUCCUCCACAGGCGCUCUCGCAUGGCUGCUGAAGGAGUGCCUUCACAUGCGCUUCCAUAUGUUCCCUAUCAAGACUCAAAGCUCACGAUGCUGCUCCAGGAAGCUCUAGGCGGCUCGGCACGAACCUUGAUAAUCACCACCGCGACUAUGGAUCCUGCCCACGCCGAGGAAUCAUUGCAGACGCUGCGGUUCGCGGAGACUUGUGCCCAGGUCCAAAAGCGUCGAGAGGCAGAUCAGGCCGCUUCCAUCACCGUCGCGCUUGAGAAGAUUGAGCAGGACAUCAAGAUACUUCAAGCAGAGAUCGCGCGUAAGGAGCGCUGGGAGACACGCCUGUUGCGGCGCAGGGACUUGGACACCGUGGCUGGCGAGUUCGGUGAGCUGGGUUCCAAGUGCGUUGCGACAGAUGGGCAACAUUUUUGUACCAAGGGAAUUCCACGACUGCCACGACAUGGCACUGGCACAUGA